AUGCAGGCCCCGGUGCUGGUGAUGAACACCCAGAGCGGUGAGCGACAGACUGGGAGGAAAGCCCAAUUGUCCAACAUUGCAGCUGCCAAGACCGUCGCCGACAUCAUUCGAUCAUGCCUCGGCCCCAAGGCAAUGCUCAAGAUGCUUCUUGAUCCCAUGGGCGGCAUCGUCCUCACAAACGACGGCCACGCCAUUCUGCGCGAGAUCGAGGUGUCGCACCCCGCCGCCAAGAGCAUGAUUGAGCUCAGCCGGACCCAAGACGAGGAGGUCGGCGACGGCACCACAACAGUCAUCAUACUUGCCGGCGAAAUCCUGGCCCAGGCGCUGCCCCAGCUCGAACGCAACAUCCACCCCGUCGUCAUCAUCUCCGCCUUCAAGCGCGCCCUCCAGGACGCCCUCCACAUCAUCGACGAGGUCUCGCUCCCCAUCGACGUCGACGACGACAAGGCCAUGCAUCAGCUCAUCUCCUCGGCCAUCGGCACCAAGUUUGUCUCGCGCUGGAUGGAUCAGAUGUGCGACCUGGCCCUCAAGGCGGUCCGCACCGUCACCUGGGAGGCGGGCAACGGCAAGACCGAGGUCGACAUCAAGCGCUACGCCCGAGUCGAAAAGGUGCCCGGCGGCGAGAUCGAGGACAGCAAGGUCCUCGACGGCCUCAUGCUCAACAAGGACAUUACUCAUCCCAAGAUGCGCCGCCGCAUCGAGAACCCCCGCAUCGUCCUGCUCGACUGCCCCCUCGAGUACAAAAAGGGCGAGUCGCAGACCAACAUUGAAAUCUCAAAGGAGGAGGACUGGAAUCGCAUCCUUCAGAUUGAGGAGGAGCAGGUCAAGCUCAUGUGCGAGGCCAUCCUAGCCGUCAAGCCCGAUCUCGUCAUCACGGAGAAGGGAGUGUCUGAUCUCGCCCAGCACUUCUUGGUCAAGAACAACGUCACAGCCCUGCGCCGGGUGCGCAAGACGGACAACAACAGGAUAGCGCGUGCCACGGGCGCCACCAUUGUCAACCGGGUCGAGGACCUCCUGGACUCGGACGUUGGCACCCGGUGCGGCCUGUUUGAGAUUGAGAAGAUUGGCGACGAGUACUUCACCUUCCUCACCAAGUGCGAGGACCCCAAGGCCUGCACGGUGCUCCUCCGCGGCCCAUCCAAGGACGUGCUCAACGAGAUUGAGCGGAAUCUGCAGGACGCCAUGGGCGUGGCGCGCAACGUUAUGUUCCACCCCCGCCUUUCCCCAGGCGGCGGCGCCACCGAGAUGGCUGUGUCGGUGCGGCUAGGGCAGCUGGCCAAGAGCAUCGAGGGCGUGCAACAGUGGCCGUACAAGGCCGUGGCCGACGCCAUGGAGGUGAUUCCGAGGACGUUGGUGCAAAACGCCGGCAAGAGCCCGGUGCGCGUGCUGACGGAGCUCCGGGCCAAGCAGGCCGAGGGCAAGAGCACAUGGGGCGUCAACGGCGACACGGGCGCCAUUGUAGAUAUGAAGGAGUACGGAGUGUGGGAGCCCGAGGCCAUUAAGCUGCAGAGCAUCAAGACUGCCGUCGAGGCGGCGUGCUUGUUGCUACGGGUAGAUGAUAUCUGCAGCGCCAAGAAGGCGCAACAAGCCGGAGGGGCCGGCCUGGGCGGCGGUGAUGACUGA